CACGUACCCCCCGAUCUUGAAAAUCCCUGCUGCAUAACGAUUCGACACUCAUUCUCCUCUUUCCCCAUAAUUUAUUACCUCUUUUUAUUCUAUUUUUAUCACCAUGCGUCUACCUACUCCCUUUAUUACGGUUGCAUUUGUUAUUAAUUCAGUUUUAUGCACCCCCACUUACAAUUGUGGCUGCACGAAGCCUCUUAUCCGUAAGGAAUGGAGAACUUUGAACACCGAGGAGAAGCAUAAAUAUAUUGAUGCGGUUAAGUGCCUUGCCUCAAAGCCCUCACAAACUGGAAACAUAUACGAGGGCGCUAAGUCCCGGUUCGACGACUUCCAAGUUACUCAUAUUGUCAAUACCGACUUUAUUCACUAUGUCGGAUUCUUCCAACCAUGGCAUCGUAUGUUCAUUGCGCAGUAUGAAAAGGAUCUUCGAAACCUCUGCAGCUAUUCGGGAGCUCAGCCCUAUUGGAACUGGGCUCUGGACUCAGAUUCGGUAGAAGAUUUCUUUGUUUCUCCUAUCUUUGAUAGAGACUCCGGAUUUGGAGGCAAUGGCAUAUUUAUCGAUACUGCUAGCUGGACGAAUUUAACAAGACAAGUACCUGGCAAAACAGGAGGAGGCUGCCUUAUUAACGGGCCGUUCGUUGAGGAAGAGUUCACAGUGAAUACAGGCCCAGGCAAUUCCUCGGCUUAUAACCCGCGCUGUCUGACUCGCGAUAUCUCUCCAGAGUUCGCCAUCUCUAAGCUUAGCCAGUGCAUCGUGGACUGGACUCUCGAGGCUGAAGACUUCUAUGAGUUCGAUAUACGUGUCCAGGGCGGCGUCACAGCUACCACCCAAGGAUACCACGGUGGCGGUCAUCUAGGAGUUGGCGGCGAUAUUGGCGAGAUGGGCGACAUGUACUCCUCUCCGGGUGAUCCCAUUUUCUUCAUGCAUCACACUAAUGUUGACCGCCUCUGGGAUACGUGGCAGCGUAUGGACUGGCCUGCUCGAAGGAACGAUAUUGGCGGCCCUGACACUCAGUAUGCGUAUCCCUUUGACUUCUUUGGUGACCGAGACUAUCACAACAUUACCCUUGAUUAUGCGAUGGACUUUAGCAACCUAAUCCCUGGCAAGCAAUAUGUCACAGUUAAGGAGGUUAUGGACACACAGGGAGGGCGCUUCUGCUAUACUUAUAAAUAGCUGCCAAUUUACGACGAUUACCACUGACAAA